UCGGCAUACUUGUGCGACCAGAAUAAUGUGAUCUCGCUUCGACAUGAACUUCUUCAGUACUAUGGUACCGGACGAUUCGAUUUGUUAAAAAGUGCCGAGAUGUGUUCCAGGUACGUAAAAGAAGUUGGCAUCGAUUCUGUUCUGGCGCUUGAGGAUGUCGCUGCUCCCAUUUUAUCUUCCCUUGUGGAAAAAUAUGGCUCAUUGGCUUUCCGCGGCCCCUCAUUUGAAUCAGUGUUCCUGACUAUCAACAAGUACUACACCCGAAAGCUUCUGGAUCCCAACCCUGUGCCUUACUGCCAUAUCGAUUUGAACAGUCAUCUAGAAAGUGCCACCUUAGAAAACAUGCUAAACGAGGUGGGUCUCCCUGCGAUUCUAAAGCCGGCUUGUGGAACUGGGUCAGUAUUAAUACAGAAAAUUAACAGUUUUGAUGAUUUGGUCCACGCAAUCGAGAGUAGCAAGAAACACUACAGGUCCAUAAUAGGCAGCCAUGCUCCUUUGGCCUCCAAAUUCCUUGACUUGAGCAGGUAUCCCUUGGCUCUGACCGAUGGAUUGAUGAUCCUGGAGAAAUAUGUAGAUGGAGAGAUCAUAGAGCUGGAUGGGUGAGUAUUUUAGACAAAGGAACUGUACAAUGAUGCUACAGUGUGUGGAUGGAAACAGUUUUAUCAGAUGAAAAAAGUUAGGUUUAAGUCAGCAAGUCGUUUUAAAAAAAUGUGUUUUCUCCGUAGAGGCCAGUUCAAAUUGUUCUCCUUUUCCUUAACCCAAUUCUGACUCCACUAACACGAGAUAUCUAAUGUGAGAACCUUUAUUUAGGAUGCAUCAGAAUGGCCUAAGUCUCGCGCCAAAACCAUAAAUUGCCCGAUACUAUCCCAGGAACACCAGCGCGCCUCUAUACCGUGACGUCAGAAUAUUAAUUUUUGACUAAUUCCUUCCCAUGUCUCUCUGUCGUCAAACACGCAACUCGUGUACAGCUCUGGAUGAUGAAGCCUACAACUACUUACCUACCCCUCCCCUAACCCAACAUUUGAUCUACGUUUGGCAGACUCUUAUGAACACGGGAAAGUUAAAAAUACGUUUGACAUUAUACCUGAUUGCUUUGCCUUAUCACCAGAAAAUACAGUGUAGCGCAUAAGUCGUGCUUAGUUUUUCUUUAUGUCCUGGUCGUCCCUUAAAAUAAGAUUUCUUUGAUUUUGUUGAUUUUUCCGUUAGUUCUUCGUGGAAUCCGUAUUUUUUUUUUGUAAUGGAAUGAUCGGAAAUUCAGCUAUGUACGCACGCCAUUUAGCUUUACGCUUGUAUUUGUUUCAGUUUACGAUAUGAUCUUGGAUUAUUCGUCGAAUGAUUCAAGUGAUUGUCCGUUAAAUAUAUCCCCGUUUGCAUGUCAUCCGGAAGUGGACUUUUUGCUCUCUUCGGCUUUGAUUUUGAAUCUUGGUCAAUUAUACAAAUUUGGUCGCGUCAAUGGAUAUUAAAAGAGAAAAAUGCCUACUUCAAGUUGACGUGCGUCGCUUAUGAACGUCGCUGCUUAAACUCCCUUCUAAUACUAACUUUGCACUUAGGUCAAAAUGCUGUGUUAGGGAAGAGGGAUAUAUGUAGGUGUGCAAUUUCCCAAUAUGCAGAUCCCUUUUUCUUUAUAGAUAUGUGUUUAAUGGAAAGGCAUACCGCUGGGCACUAUAUGAUUUGACAACAUGGCCCACACAUCCAAAUGUCAAUCAAAUGCUGUUUCUUCCUUCUACGAAACCAACUCAUAUUCAAGAUAGAAUCUGGGACAUGUUUGAGACCGUAGCAAACAGGUACUAAGCUUCUUAACGUUAUGGAUUAGCAGCGUGUUGGUUUACAAUCAACAACAGUUUCCGGUCGUUUCGAUACAAAGUCGUUGCAAACGAGUUGUAUUGAAACGACCGGUUUUCUCAACAACGUAUGCAGCCUGUCUAGCUGGCGAUUUUGUGUUGUGUGUUUUUCCAUUUGUGGUUCGUAAAGUAGGACGGAUACAGCCGCGCGAAGGCUGAACCGACGUAAAUGAGACAAUCUCUCACCCCUUGCCCCCUCUUCGCUACCCCCGUUAACUCGCGCGUUUUGGUUUGACACAGUCGUCUUGGGUAACCGUUACUUAACCACUUUGAUAAACAAAAAACACACCAAAAACGACAAGCGACAGACCUCUUUAACUUGUAUUCAAACGGGAGAGACAGCAAAUUGUUGAUGCUCGAAAUAUCAGUAUGUCGGCCACAUACUGAUAACUGUCAGUAGCCUAAAAUGUGUGCAAUUGCACAACUGAUGUUCUUAAGAGAAUUUCCCAUACGUACGAGAAUAAUACCAAGUGGCCAGCGGAACAGGGGUCGUUAUAUUAUACAUUUUUGUUUCCGCAUUUUUCAGACGAGCAAAGGUAAGCCCGAGGCAGGCGUGGAGCGUAAGACACGCGCCUUUUCUCUUCGCGCGUGUCUUGCACUCUAUUAAGCAGGUAGCCUGAGAUCAUGCCCUCUCCCUAAUAUCCCUUAGAAGCAAAAAAAAAAAGACGCCUGAUCUCAGGUUAUUAAGCAGGCGCUUUCAUUUGUUUGCCUGAAAAAAAGCAAAAAGUAGCGGCUGUUUUGCUGAGUAAGAUAAUAGGUGUGUGUGUGUGUGUGGGGGGGUUGUCGAGGAGUCACAUGCGCGAGCAGCACCCAAAAGGAGAGGGGAGAGCGAGUGACGCAGAAUUACUCGUGGCUCGAUUGCUUAGAGAGCUUGCACUCAGGGUAGGUUUUGUUUUGUUGUUAGUCGCAAAUUCAAAGCGCAUUAAUCUUACUGUUUAAUCGUAGAGCUGCUGAUUAUGGAUAUGAUAACCACUUCAUGAACAUGCAGUUGUUCUUGUGCAAGAACGGAGAUGUCAGGCUACUUGAGAUUAACGGCAGAAUGACUACAGUUUGUUCUCCCCUCUGCCAAAAGAGCCUCACUUCCGGUGACACAAUUGAAGCGCAACUGCGCCUGGCACAAGGGGAAAAACCUCCUCCAGCAAAACUCACAGGCGUGCAUUCAGCAUAUGUUUCUAUCAGAAGCACUAUUUCAGGCAAAGCAAGUGAAAUUAUCGAUUUUCAAGUUGCCGAGAGCAUGGAAAACGUCAACCUGCACACUGGCCCCGAUGAGUACAUACAGCCCGUUGGCGACGGUGGAAAGAGUGUUGGAGGGGCUUAUCUGUUUGCAGACAGCCGGGAAGAGAUCUGGCUAAAACACCGUGAUCUGUACAAACGGUUGUUUAAGAAACAUCCUAUUGGAUGUAGCAAUUAA